AUGGUUGCUGCCUUAGUAUCUGCUGUGGUGGGAGCUUUGGUGGGUGCAGCGCUGAGCCCAGUGACAAACAACGUGAUGGCGCUGGUCUUCAAGCUUGUAGAGAAGGACAGUGAGCUGUGGGAGGGCUUCAAGAAAGACAUGGUUUCCCUCGAAAAAGAUCUUCGCAUGCUCUUCGCUGAAGGGGAGGAUCAGCUUUCGGGAAAGAGGGAUCCAAGCACCGCGAGAAGGAUAUACAUGGAAGAUAUGCAAGAAUUGUCAUAUGACAUCCAAGAUUGCAUGGACAGGAUCCUUUGUUUCUCAGAAUGCGGCCGUGGCCAUGGCAGGGACCUUGCGAAAGAAGUCAAGAGCCUCAAGGAGAGGCUGGAGCGUGCAAAGCAGCAAAACAGGAACAACAUCAAUGACAGCCAACCCUUGAUACCCGAGAAGCUAAGGAGCGGGAGCGAGGUCCGACUUGUGGGCAUCAAGGAGCCAAAGGAGGAUCUCUUGGAGGUGUUGAAAGGCCACCCACAUGAAGAACUGAGCGUGAUCUCCAUUGCGGGGUUCAGCGGCUUGGGUAAGACCACUCUCGCAAGGGCGGUGUAUGAUGAUUGUGCAGACCAAUUCGAUUGCCUGGCCUGGGUAGUGGCAACCCAGCGCAAAAACGAUGCCACUGACCUUCAAAUGGCAUUACAAGAGGAGCUUUCUAAGAACCAUCAGGAAUAUCCUCAAGGCGUCCAUGUCGAAAACAAUAUCACAAGUUUCCUGAGAAAUAAAAGGUACCUCAUUGUACUUGAUGACAUCGAGGAGCGACAGUGGGACAAUAUAAAGUUUAUCUUCCCCAAAGAGAGAAGAAGCAGAAUAAUAGUGACAACGACAAACCAGGCGGUAGCUAAUCUCUGCAGCAAGCAUGGUAGGGACGGCUAUGUGUACAAUAUGAGACCUCUUGAGAAGACACAUUCCAAGGAGUUGCUAGACGCUAUCUUGAAGGAUAAUUUAGCUGUAUCUGACCAGAAUUUGGCACAAAUUGUGGAGAAGUUUGAUGGCCACCCACAUUCUCUUUUAAGCGUGGCAAAAUAUUUGCUAAGGAAAGAAGAGUUUCCAGGAACCUUUUGGGAAGAUUUAGGUGAUCGUAUGAACGAUCCGGACGAGCAUGCUUUCACUGAGCUGCAACGAGUUCUGACAAAACACUUCAAAAGCCUGCGAGGUCGGCACAAUGUCAAUCUCAAGAUCCUGUUAUUGUACAUGUGUGUGUUCCCAAAUACACAUCCCGUAGGGAGGAGCAGACUGAUAAGGCGAUGGUUAACCGAAGGAUAUGUGCAAGAUGCUGAUCCACGCAGAGCCCUGCAUGUCGCAGAUGAUAACUUGGACAAACUAAUUGAACUAAAUAUAGUUCGGCGAAUCGACCCAAGCAAGAAUGCAAAAGUGAAGACCUGCAGAGCUCAUGGCAUCAUGCACGAGUUCCUGCUGUAUAUUGCCAGGUCGAUUAAUUUCAUUACAGAUCUUGAUGAUCGACAGAGAAGAAACUACCGUCACCUCUUUCUGGUGGGGAGGUCUUCAAUUGGUGGGGUAUCAAAUGUUAGUGGCACAUCUAGCGAUGAGAAGGAGGAACUCCGCGCCCAUUCUCUUACUGUAUGUGGGACUGCAGGCAAAGCUGCUGGGUAUUUCCCCAAGUGUGAACUACUGCGAGUCUUGGAUCUUGAAGAGUGCAGCGAGCUGGAGGAUGAACAUACAGUUGACAUACACAUGCUGUGGCAUCUCAAAUAUCUGAGCCUUGGGGCGAAAAUUACAAAAGUGCCAAGGGAUAUUGAGAAAUUGCAUUGCUUAGAGACUCUUGACUUGAGGAAGACCCAGAUAGAGGUCCUGCCUGUGGGAAUCAUCAAGCUUCCACACCUAGCUCACCUGUUGGGAAAGUUCAAGCUUGAACAGAUGAACUGGGAGAAUAUUAAAGCAGACAAAUUUUUGCCACUGAGGAGCAAUUUGCGGACACUGACAGGAUUUCUCACAGAUGACGACCCGGGAUUUCCGAAGCUAAUGGUUCAUAUGAAAGAGUUAGAUAAAGUUAAGAUAUGGUGCAAUUCCAAUAGAGAUAAUGCUUCCACCCCACCAAGCCAAAAUUUUGUUGGAUCUAAUGCUUCCACACCGGAUUCCCCACCAAGUGAAAAUUCCGUUGGACCUAAUGCUUCCACAUCAGAUUCCACACCUAGUGAGUGCUUCACCUUCCUUUUGACAGCGAUCAUGUUUUUCAUUCAGAGCCGAUUGGAGACACCUGGAGUUGACCAUUGUCUUUCACUAGAUCUUGGUAAUUCCUCAAAAGACAUCCUAACUUCUUUACAGAACUCUUUACAGCUCUCUAGAGACCAUUCUCCUGAGAGCUCACGAGAUGAGAUCUCAUGUGCCUAUCUCAGCUCCCUAAAACUAAAUGGAGAGCUGCACGGUCUGACACAGAUUAUAUCAUUGGUGGGUGGCCUCAAAGAGCUCUGCCUUUCAUCGACCAAUGGUCUGACACUUGACGAGGUAUCAAACCUGACAAAACUGGAAGCCUUGGAGUACCUCAAAUUGGUUAAUAUCAGCCUUGUAGUCAUCACAAGUGAUGAUUUCAAAAACCUGCGACGCCUAUGCCUUGUGGAAUGUAAAGGCCUCCCCAUAAUUGAAAAUGGAGCUUUGAGUAAUCUUCUCUCACUUCGAAUUCUCAAUAAAGAUCUAAAAGGCCUAUCCAACAUCGAAAUAGAAAAUCUCACAAGACUCCAAGAAAUCGGUCUUCAUUCUGAUGUCAUGCAGAAAACAAAAACGGAUUGGGAAGAUGCAGCUAAGAAGCAUCCAAGAAGGCCAAGGCUUUUGUUCUUUAAGAUGGUUUACUCUGCUGGAAGACCACCUGAUGCGGGAUCAUCAUCUGCCAUGCCGGAGGAGCAAAAAAUCCAUACUGAUGUUCAAUCGAUGGUAGAGGUGGAAGAUGUGCUCACUGCUCAAGAAAACAAGGAUGACAUCUCUUCAGAUUCUCAAAAUCCUAAUACAUGGGCUGCUGAUGUUCAUGGAAAGAUGAAACAACUCGGUCAUUACACUGCUGAUAAAGAUGUAGAAGGUCAAAAUGAGAAGAGCCAUAACGGCCUUACAGCCAAGCAGACGAAGAAGAAAAGCGAGGGUUGGCCAUUAAAGAUGUGGCGGAAGAUGGCUGUGGCUCUAAGAAAAUCCACUGUUACUGCAGCUGUAGAUAAUUCCCAUGCGAAAGGAAAGUUUCUAGCAACAGAUGUGCCUAUCGUCUGGAGCGCUCUAUUCUUCCGUGUCCACGGGAUCCCGUGGUCUGUAAUGCUGUGUCCAACCCUGCCUACAAUUGAAGAAGGAGCUUUAAGGAAUCUCGUUUCACUUCAGCUUCUCAACGAAGAACUAGGUGGCUUAUCUGGCAUUGAAAUCAGAAGGCAUGAACACCUCCAGGAAGUUGCUCUUGAUUCUGACAUCAAUGAAGAAGCUAAAAUGCACUGGGAAGAUGCAGCUAAGAACCAUCCAAAGAGGCCGAGGGUUUUAUUUCUUGAAAGAGUUGAUCCGGGUGAAACAGGGUCCAUGGUGAAAUAUGUUGCACCCAAGAGACCAGCACCUGAGACCGGAUACUCCGCCAUGCAGGAGGAAAGACUGGUCCCUGAUGCGGUUCAACAGAUUUCUGUUGAAGAACAUUGUUCUGCUCUGAAGGAUGCAAGUGUUGCAGUCCCCGCUAUGGCUUCAAGUAAUCUUCCCAGUGCAAUGAACAAUGUGAUAGAAUCUUCUUCAAGUAUGGUGUCCUGCCUUGUCAAAAAAAGAAAAAGAAGGGUGGUGUCCUGA